AUGGCGCCCACCGGGCGGCUCCUCGCGGUAGCCGCCCUCUCCUUCCUCUGUUUGCAGGGGCUGUCGGGAGAUUCAGGCAGCGCAUUUGCUCAGAGCCAGCCGCCGCUUCACCGGAUCGUUCGCGUAGAGGCAAAUGACGGCGGCGGCCUCAUGCCGGAGCUCCCGCCCAGCGGCCUCAUGCCCAUGCCGGACCUCUCACCCAGCGGCUCCCCCAGGCCAUUGGUUCCCUUCCUGGCGCCCGCUCCACUCGCGCCCUUCUUUAACAACAGCACGCCAAAGCUCUCAGGGAAAUGCACACUGAACUUUACCGCUGUCGACAAACUCAUGACCACCACGGCUGUCGACUGCUUCACCUCGUUUGCUCAUUUCUUGGCCAAUGUCAUCUGCUGCCCCCAGCUUCAGGCAACACUGACCAUCCUCAUAGGGCAGUCUAGCAAGCAGACAGGCUCUCUCGCAUUGGAUCCCACGGUAGCCAACUACUGCCUGUCGGAUGUCCAGGAGCUGUUGUUGAGCCAAGGUGCCAGCGACAAUCUCCACAGCCUCUGCUCGGUUCACCUCUCGAAUGUAACCGAGGGAUCCUGCCCUGUUAGCACUGUGGAUUCGUUUGAGAGUGUCGUCGAUUCGUCCAAGCUCCUUGAGGCCUGUCGGAAGAUCGACUCUGUUAAUGACUGCUGUAGCCAGACAUGUCAGAAUGCGAUAAAUGAAGCUGCCCAGAAAAUCUCGUCCAAGGAUGGAGGUUUGACGAGCUACCCUGGGAGCCCCAAGAUUGACAGUUGCAGGAACGUUGUUCUGAGAUGGUUGUCAAGCAGGCUUGACCCACAGUCCGCGAAGGAAAUGUUGAGGCAGAUAUCUAACUGUAAUGUCAAUGGAGUUUGUCCGCUAAGCUUUCCAGACACAAGUAAGGUGGCAAAAGAGUGUGGUGGAACAAUGAAGAACAGUACUGCAUGUUGCAAGGCUAUGUUAACUUAUGUAGCCCAUUUGCAAAAGCAAAGCUUCAUAACAAACCUGCAAGCUUUAAAUUGUGCCUCUUUCCUUGGGGCAAAGUUGGAAAAGAUGAAUGUCAGCAUGAAUGUCUAUAGCUCUUGUCAAAUAACACUAAAAGAUUUUUCACUUCAAGUUGGAUCUCAAGAAUCUGGAUGCCUCCUUCCAAAUAUGCCCUCUGAUGCAUCUUUCGACAGCACUUCUGGGAUUAGCUUCACAUGUGAUCUGAAUGACAACAUUGCGGCCCCAUGGCCAUCUUCUAUGCAAGCACCAUCUUCAUCGUGCAACAAGUCUGUCAAUAUCCCAGAGCGACCUGCCGUGACAUCGGCACAAAAUGGACCAACCAACAUCUGGAAACCCACCUGGGGGAGAGGAGAGGAGGGGGGCCAGACCAUUCUAAUUCUAAUUUCUAAUGAAAUGGAGAGGAAAUGCCCAAGUUGCCAACAGCUGAACAGUGAGGAGCCACCAACAGCUAACUGCCGGCAGCCACCUUACAAGUACUGCUACAUAUAUGGUACAUCUUCGCUGUCUUCAAGACGUAGCAUUUCAAGACAAAAUUACUCAUGCUUGCAAUGGAAGCUGUUGAUAUUCAGAGGCCAUGACCAUGGUCGUCCCAUGAUCCCCUCCUCCGCCACCCCUCGCCGCCGGACCUCCCAGAGGAGGCGUCCCCGCAAUGCCGCCUCUGCCUCUGUCAGGGGAAGCGCCUCCGCCUCCGCCAGGGCCCUCGCCGCCGGCCUCUGGAGGCUGCGCCACGCCGAGCGGAUGAUGGCGGCCGGGGCCUCGCCGGCGCGCGCCGCCCAAACGCAACCGCAAAAGCUCAACAAGGGACGGAGCCGGAGGAGGCCAGCAAGCCACCUCUGCUAUGGCAACAAAAGGCGAGCAGAUCAUCUCGCUGCCGAAACCCAUUGCCGAUGUAGGAACGGCAGCAUCUUAGACAAGAUCGACGCGUGCGUGGAGUGUCCAGCCGCAUACGGCUCGUCGUCCAUGGAGAAGGCCACCAAAUGGGACGCCAACCAUUUGCAUUCGAGGGGAAGAAGGGGACUCCAGCUGGACGACAUCUUCUUCGCCUCGCCGUCGACCUCCCCUCUGCUGCUACUGAUGGAGGCUGGGCUGGAGAAGGCGCGAGGCCACGUCAGGGAGCUGGAGGACGAGCGGCGCGUCAUGACCAAGCGGCUGGAGCGGUUCCUGCGGAAGCUGGCCGAGGAGAAGGCGGCGUGGAAGGCCCGGGUCCGGGACACGGCCCGCCACGCAGUGGCCGCCCUGCGGGACGAGCUCGGCGCGGAGCGGAGGCACCGGCGGCAGCUGGAGCAGGCCAACGCCAGGCUGCUGCGCGACCUGGCGGAGGCGCGGGCGGCGGCGAAGCAGCAGGCGCAGAGCUACGAGAUGGAGCGCAAGGCGCGGGAGCUGAUGGAGGACGCCUGCUCCGAGCUCACCCGGGAGGUGGAGGAGGACCAGGCCGAGGUGGAGCUGCUCCGCCGGGAGUGCCUGCGCAUGCGGGAGGAGAUGGAGGAGGAGCGACGGAUGCUGCAGAUGGCCGAGGUGUGGCGGGAGGAGCGCGUCCAGAUGAAGCUCUCCGACGCCAAGCUCGCGCUGGAGAACAAGUACACGCACCUGAACCGCCUGCAGGCGGAGAUGGAGGCCUUCCUCCGCAGCAAGGACGACGAGUCCGCCUCCCACUCCGCCGCGCUGCGGGAGGCGCGACUCAUCAGCGACGCCGCCGCCGCCACGAGCUCCUCUGUGGUGAGGUCGAGGCAGAGCGGGGACAACCACCACCACCAUCAUCAUCCGGUGGACUCGGUGGAUGCGGACUCGGUGCUGGACCACUUCCGACGCAAGGAAAGGGAAAGGCACCGUCAUGCCGCUGCGGAAAGGGAAAGGGACGGCGACGGGCGCAGGUACAGCAGCAGCCCGGCGAGCCCCGCGUCGUCCAAAUCCAACGACAUGUUGCAGUCCGUCAGCCCCGCCACCGACCUCUUCUUGGCCAAGGCCGACGACGACGACGACGACAUGUACGCCGACGGCGGCAGCUCGGCCGACCUGGAAAUGGAUUCCCGCAGCUGGGUCGGCACCAGCGACCGCUCAGCUUCGGUGGCCAAUGGCAACGGCGUCGGCAGUGGGGUGACGACGGAGGCUCGUUCGUCGGGCGCCAGCCGGCGUUCGACUAAAAACACCGCGCUCAUACGCAGGCUCUGGAGGUCGGCCAUCACCGAGAGCAGGAAGAAGACCGGGAGGACAGCUGCCGACGGUGGCGGCUGGUCGCCGUCUUAUUCGGACAGGAGGAGGUCGAGCGUGACCGCGGAAGGGCCGCCGCCUCCUCUUCCUCCAGCCGUUCCAGGCGAGCAGUGCAGCUCGUCAAGCGGCUCCGGAUUGCCACUGCCGCCGCAGCGGGGAGGGGGUGGGGGAGGCAAGCAGAAGCAGAGCCUCAAGGAGAAGCUGAUGGAGGCCAGGAUGGACGAUCACAAGCCCUUCCACGCGCAUGCCGUCAAGCAAAAACCUUGA